AUGUGGACGCUCCCCCACCCGGCGAGACGCACCACCCAGACGCAGCCCACGCCUACAACAAGGAUUAAUCACACCGCCAGUAAAACCGUCUGCCCGAUGAUCACGUCCAACACAACAUGCCCAAACACUUCCGGAACAUCCGCUCUGUCCACCACCUCAACCGCCGCCAGUACAUCUGCAAGUGGGACCGUUUUUAGUGGACCGAAUGGAAGCUCCAAAACCACACCUGCCGUUGCGACGUCCCUUGCAAAUGUCACCGUAGGAAGCAGCGCAGCUAUCAGUGCCGCCAGCAACACAUCAGGUAACAACGCCACCGCUGCAAAUGCCACAGCAGCAUCGCGUAAUAUUAGUACUGCACAACAGGUUAGUUAUUUAUUCGAAAAAAUUAAAGAGUUGCAACACCAGUUACGGGACACUCAAGCGCAGUUAAAUGAUAGCAACAACAAACGGCAAGCUUUAGAAGAACGGUUCAUUUCUAAUGAGUCGUCGACAGCGCAGUCGACGUCGAGCGGCGCUAGCAGUAGGGUUCAUAGCGGUGCUUUGCAACUGCCGCUCGACGUCACCGACAAUUCUAUAAGGUCAGCGAGUGCAAAUGUACAUCCGUUUAUAAUGCCACCACCCGUUACCUUUCCUGCUGACGUCAAUAACUUUCAAGCAGCCACAAUAACAAAUGCACAAGUGAACCAAUCGCUAGGUAUGCCUAUUAAUUAUGCCGUGCCGCGAACAAUUCAGGAUUUACCAGAAUUUAGUGGGCUGCCUGAAGACUGGCCGCUGUUUUAUAAUACUUUUACUAAUUCCACCGCCGCGUAUGGUUACAGCAAUUUGGAGAAUAACCAACGUCUCCUAAAAAGCCUAAAAGGCGAAGCUAGGGAAAUUGUUAAAUCACUCCUUAUUCAUCCAGAAAACGUACACGCUGCAAUGGAACAGCUAAAGUUUCGUUUUGGUAGACCCGAAUUGUUGAUUCGAAGUCAGUUACGUCAGGUUAAAGAUAUUUCACUCAUUUCAGAAUCCGCGUUAGUAGGCAAACUCCCUACAAGCAAGAAGAUGGAAUGGGCUAGAUACGCUGCUACUGUAACACCAUACCCAACCGUUGUAGACUUUAGCAACUGGUUAAGCGAUGUCGCGAAUUUGGUCUGCACUGUUCAUGAUACAGAGGCCCGUCGACGAGUCGUACUGUAUGCAAACGACAAUAAAGACUACGAGCGACAGAACAAAGGAGUCGGGAGGAAUAGCUACAACAAGUGUCCACUUUGCAUGGGAGAGCAUAAAAUUAGUACGUGCAAAAGAUUUCUACAGUACAACGUUGAUGAGAGGUGGGAGUAUGUCAAGCGUAACCGUUUAUGUUUCUCGUGUUUGCGAAGUGGUCACUCGUCCCGGGAAUGCCGUAGUAAAGCGUCGUGUAUGAUAGACGGUUGCCAUCGUAAGCACAACAAGCUAUUGCAUGAAUCUAACAAGAAUGCCAGUAGACCUACAUCAGAGCGCUACGAGCAGCAAAAAAACACAAUUACUGGAAGAGAAGAGCCAACGCAAAACAGAAAUCAGGCUAACGAUGCCCUCCUGAGUUGUGCCGCUACACCACGCAAUGAAUAUAAACUUUUGUUUCGCGUCUUACCCGUAGUACUGUAUGGGUCUGGACGACGUGUGAAUACAUACGCUAUGCUGGACGAGGGCUCAUCCGUGACAAUGAUUGACAGUAGCUUGAUAGCAGAGUUGGGAGUUAAAGAUCAUCAACACAUGUUAAGUUUGCAGUGGUAUGGAGGAAAGACGGAACAACAACCAGCUACUGUAGUUAACCUUCAGAUUAGCGGAACUGGAAAGAGCAAACGUUUUAACCUGCGUCACGUGUACCCGGUGCCAGAUCUGGAUUUGCCUAUGCAGAGUUUAAGUAAUCAUGAUUUACGAGGAGCCUCCGAAUAUUUGCGCAAAGUACCCAAUACGUUUUCAAUUGUAAAGCCAAAACUACUUAUUGGCUUGGAUCACUGCCACUUGGGGCUGCCGACGGAAACCAUGCAGUUUGUAAAGAAUGGGCCAUAUGCAGCUAACACGGAGCUCGGUUGGGUGAUAUUCGGAUCUACGAACACUAAUAAAACGGUACGGGCGACGUGCUUGCAUAUGAACGAGGUGAGUGAUCAAUAUUUACAUGACAUGGUAAAGAGAUACUUUGAAAUCGAGAACUUUGGAGUGCGGCCGGCACCAGUGGUGAGAAGUGGCGCUGAUGUACGCGCAGAGAAUAUUUUAAAGUCCACUACUGUACGUAUAGACGGAAGAUACCAAACCGGUUUGCUGUGGCACAAGGACGACAUCCAGCUGCCAGACAGUUUCCAAAUGGCCGAACAACGACUCAGAGGAAUUGAACGAAAGAUGAGUAAGAAUAGUGACUUUGCCAUAGCAUAUAAAUCGACAAUUCAAAGCUACAUUGCCAAAAAUUACGCGGUAAAACUGAAUCCCCUUGAUUUUAAUAAAACUGGCCCAAGGGUUUGGUAUCUUCCACACUUCGCAGUCGAAAAUCCUAACAAGCCUGGUAAACUCCGCCUAGUGUUCGAUGCUGCUGCAACCGUAGACGGAAUAUCCUUAAACUCCUGUUUGCUUAAGGGUCCUCAAGGCUACCAACCAAUGCCAACGGUACUGUACAAUUUUCGGAUCGGAGCUAUUGGUGUUUGUGGUGAUAUCGCGGAAAUGUAUCACCAGAUCAAGAUACAACCGGAAGAUAAGUGCGCGCAAAGGUUUCUUUGGAGGGACGACUCCAGACACCAGCCAGACGCCCCCACGAAGCCAAUGACAAUUCCCAGGCUCGAGUUACAAGCUGCUGUGCUUGGCGUUCGCCUAUCGCAAUUAAUUCUCGAAGAACACAACCUUGAAUGUACCCGUAUUUUGUGGAGUGAUUCUACGACCGUUAUCAGCUGGUUAAACUCCGAGAACCGCCGCUAUAAACCAUUCGUAGCGCAUCGUAUCGCGAAGAUACUAGCCGUAACUCAGCCGUGUGACUGGAAAUGGGUUCCUACAAGCGCGAAUGUUGCUGACGAUGCUACACGCCACAGCCGUCAUAUAGACUUAUCUGAAACUUCUCGUUGGUUCAAGGGACCAGAAUUUUUAUCAUUGGGAGUGGAAGAUUGGCCAAAACAUUCUACUGAAACUACCACAGCUGAAACUACCACAGAAACAACUACCGAAGAGUUGUCACCGCGACCAAUGCUUAUCCUCUUUAACAGUACAAUUUUCAAUUUUAACAGAUUUUCUUCUUACAACAGACUCAAGAGAUCAACAGCAUGGGUAUUAGGAUUCGUCAACCGCAGCCGACGCAAGAAUUCGCCUGUAGAAUUUUAUGGGCUAAGCGCAUCCAAAGUCAACGCGGCCGAAAAAUUGCUAUGUCGCGUGGCGCAAGAAGCUACCUUUCCUGCGGAGAUCACUGCACUACGAGUAGGACAACCGCUAGGUAGUGACAGUACGAUCAACAAUUUAGCACCGUUUAUUGACGACGAAAAAAUUUUACGCGUUGGUGGCCGUUUAGAAGCUGCUACUUGGCUUCCAUUCGAUUGCCUGCAUCCCAUAAUUUUACCAGAGAAGCACCAGCUUACUGUUCUAAUCGUUACCCAUUAUCACGAGCGAAUGAAACAUCAGUACUUUGAAACAACAAUUGGGGAGAUUCGCCAGAAGUUCUGGAUCACCCGCAUACGUCAAGUUUUAAGAAGCGUUGUCGCGAGUUGCAUGGUUUGCAGAGCUUCCCGUGCAAAACCCUAA